CAGAAGGAAUUAGUUAUAUAUAACCCAAAGCUGGCUAGUGUCCAAAUGCUAAAGAUCAGUGGUGUUCCGAAAUGGUCUAUAAUAGAGUCGUACUUGGAGACUUUAGUUUCUCCUAACUUGGGUACUACAAUACAUAAUGCACUUAAGUUCGCGAAUUCUGAUCCAAAUAGCAUAUCUCCUACUGCUACUUCAGAGAAAGAACUGGGCAAUCUGUACUUCAAGCAGAAAAAAUUUGAGCAAGCAAUUGAUUGUUAUUCCAGAAGCAUUGCACUAUCACCAACGGCAGUAGCUUUUGCAAAUAGAGCCAUGGCUUAUCUCAAAAUCAAGAGAUACGAACAAGCUGAAAAUGACUGCACAGAGGCCUUAAAUCUGGAUGACCGCUACAUAAAGGCAUAUUCAAGGCGUGCAACAGCUAGGAAAGAACUUGGAAAACUUGAAUCAUAUGUUGAAGAUACCGAGUCUGCACUGAGACUGGAACCAGACAACCAAGAAGUCAAGAAGCAGAAUGCUGAGGUGAAGAAUCUUUAUAACAAGGAGGUUCUUGAGAAGACUUUAGCAGACAGCAAAAUAUGAAUCGCCAGGACCUUCAGCCUUCCGACUUCCAUAAUUUUCACAUGGUGUAUAGCUGUAUAUAUGAAAUCUUUAGAUUGCUUUCAGAUGCGGUAGAGGGAUUCCCUUGAUGUCUUUGACUUUCAGUUCCUCACUUUUUUUGCUGAUUAUAUUUGUAAACCAAGGCUGAGAAACAUAGAACAGCAGCAACUAUAACAGGUCUUCACUUUUUUGGCAA